AUUUGUAUUGGAAGGAUACUCUACGCAUUUCGUAUUAUAUUAUUACUUUUCAGUACGGCUCCUCUCGCAAGGCUCCCUUGUUCUCCUUUCCCAAGGGAAACAAAAUCACAUUUCCUCAGCUCGAUUCGCGUCAAAGAUCGUACACGUCGCUUACAAGAAUCGCUGAUCACAGCUAUGUUAGAGCAUCUUAUGCUCAUUUGAAUAGUUUUUAUGACAAAAGAGAAACUCAGUCUGCUUCAAUGUUUAUGAAUACUCCUAUUAGGGUUGCAGCAUCUGAUCCUUUGGCUGAUACCUGUUUCCGCAAAACCAAUCCCGUGUCUGUGUUACCCUCAACCUCAUCAACAUUGCGUUUCCGGAGUAUUUUUCCUUUUGUUUCGUUAAGCCCAGUGUUGAGACAUCAACCGGGUUUGCUGUCUUUCAGUAGCAAGGCAGAUAAACCUGUGGAAUCUGAAGUUUCAGCUGCCUCUGGUGGAGCGGGAGUAGAUGUAAGUAACGGUGGUGUUAUUGGCAAUGAUUGGAUUGAUAAAGUCAAAGAUGCUUGGCACAGUGCUGAGGAUGUACUAGGUUAUACUGGGGAAAAGGCUAAAGAAGUCUCUAACAAACUGAAGCCACAUGUUGAACAGUUGCUUGAUACCUAUCCGUAUCUUAAAGAUGUGGUUGCUCCAGUUGGCUUUACUUUGACUGGCACUGUAUUGGCUUGGGUGGUCUUGCCUAGGCUUUUAAGAAGAUUUCACAAUUAUGCCAUUCAAACUUCAGUCCUGCCUUCUGGAAGCUUGCUUGGGAAUCAAGUUCCAUAUGAGAAAAGCUUUUGGGGAGCUCUAGAAGACCCAAUGAGAUAUCUGAUUACCUUCAUGGCAUUCUCUCAAAUUGGCAUGAUGGUGGCUCCAAGUACUAUCGCAUCACAAUAUGUUACACAGGCAUGGAGGGGUGCAGCUAUCCUUUCAUGUGUCUGGUUUUUCUAUCGUUGGAAAACAAAUCUACUUGCUAGGGCACUUGCUACUCAUAAUUUAGCAGGGACUGAUCGGGAAAAGUUGUUAACUCUGGACAGAGUUUCAUCCAUUGGCCUAUUUGUUGUUGGGUUAAUGGCUUUAGCAGAGGCAUGUGGAGUAGCCGUUCAAUCUAUUCUUACAGUCGGUGGCAUAGGAGGGGUGGCUACUGCUUUUGCUGCCAAGGACAUCCUUGGAAAUGUGCUCAGUGGAUUGUCUAUGCAGUUCUCAAAACCUUUUUCAUUGGGUGAUACAAUAAAGGCAGGAUCUAUAGAAGGUCAGGUAGUGGAAAUGGGACUUACGAACACGACAUUACUAAACUCUGAGAAAUUUCCAGUUCUGGUUCCUAACUCACUCUUUUCCAGUCAGGUUAUUGUGAACAAAUCACGUGCCCAAUGGCGUGCAGUGGUGACCAAAAUUCCCUUGGAAAUCGAAGGACUUGACAAGGUUCCCCAGAUAUCAGAUGACAUUAAGAAUAUGCUGCGAUCAAACUCGAAUAUUUUCUUGGGAAAGGAGGCUCCUUAUUGUUUCCUGUCUCAUAUCGACAGUUAUUAUGCAGAACUGACCAUUGGAUGCAAUCUCAGACGCAUGAGCAAAGAUGAAAUAUACUCUGCACAACAAGAUAUUCUUCUGCGGUCGGUCCAGAUUAUUCGGAAGCAUGGUGCUAAAUUGGGCAGUGGCUCAUUCCAAGGUACGACCACUCAGUGAUGCAGCAAAUGAAGAAUGAUAUUGUUUGUGUAGAGUCCGAGCUACGAGAUCGUAUCCCAGGCUUCUGGAAAUGUCCAUUGCACUGAUUUACAGACAUGUUCAGUUUAAAGUGAUUUUUGUUUACAGUGAGCUUGUGAAGAAAUGGCUUUUGACUUGGUGAAAUGUUUGUUUUUUUUUUUUUUGGCUCAGCUGACCAAUGAAGUAUAGGACUGUAUUUUUGCCAAUAUCAACAAUUUUUUUCUCCUUUUAUUUCUAUAUAUAUAUAUAUAUAUACUUAAAUACAUAGUUUUAUUUUUAAUAUCAGUAUUCAUCUUUUAUUA